CCGUUCUAGGGAGAGAGAAACCUGUAAGCAGAGAGAGCCGUCUACGUCACUACGAGACAAUACGUUGAGGAAGAUGAUGCAAAACAUGCAUCAGUAAUACGUAACAUGACGCGUGAGGAGGGGGAGAUGCGUAACUACCCCAUGACGUCUCCUGCAGAAGAAGGAAGAAGAUCGAGCGGCUCCCCGAUAUUACCACGCUCCUCCCCACCCCCCAUAUAAAUGCCUCCAACCCCCCCUCCCUUUGAUUCUACGCCUCAUCGAUCCCCACCCUUUCUCUCCUGGAUUUCUUCCUUUAUUCACUCUCUGAUCACCGUCGCCGGCGCUGCUGCUACCGCUACCACCACCACCACCACCACCACCACCACCACCACCACAAUGCAAAACCAGAUUGGCCUUAGGCCGGUUCCUCUGGCGACGGAGCCAGCCCUCUCCGCGAAGUUCCAUCCGUUGCCGGACAAUUCCAUCGGCAAAGUGCGUUCGUUGCUUAUAGAGAACCCGACAUUGGGGAACUCCCCCGGGAAGGUCCGGAAACUGAUAUCGGAGAACACGGUGCUGGUGCUCGGCCGGAGGGCCUGCUGCAUGUGCCAUGUGGUGAAGAGGCUGCUGCUCAGCCUCGGCGUCAAUCCGUCGGUGUACGACCUGCCUGAGGAGGAGGAACAGCAGGUCGAGGACGAGCUGAGGUCCGCGUUCGGAGAUCUGAAGGGCGGGCUCCCCCUCGUGUUCAUCGGCGGCCGGCUGCUGGGCGGCCUGGACAGUCUGAUGGCUGCCCACAUCUCCGGCGAGCUCGUCCCAAUUCUCAAGCAAGCUGGUGCCCUUUGGCUCUAAAGGGCCGAAAGGCGACAUACCCAUCUCGACUGAAGCACUGCGGAGACGGAAUCGAUCUCCAUUUUCAUACAUCCAUCCUAAAAAGCAAAAAAGAUUCUUUGUCCCCAAGUUUUGAUGCAGUCCCAAUUCCUAGACUCUGGUGUCUCGAUCAAGGGAAAUCACGAGCUCGAUUCCCCAUGUUUCUUUCUUCCAGAUUUCCUUAACUUUCCUUUUUUUUUUUCUUCUUCUUCUUCUUCUGUUUCUGCAUAUUUAUUUAUUAAUGUCGCAAGAAUUCGUCCCCGCUUUUGAUGUAAUUAAGUUUCUGUAAAUAUUAUCCUACAAAAAGAAACUCGGAGGGAUUUUUUUU